GUGGGGGCAGGGAGGGCCCGUUCGCCCUGAGGGGUGAUGGGGGUCCGUAGGGUUCGGUGCAGCCCCGUAGGUGAGCGCUGAGGGAGGUGACUGUGUGACGAAGCGCCGUGGCUGGGGCUCUGCAGUGGUUCCUAUGAGCUGCAGCGUUCGGAGGAUCCCCCAACUGCGGCGCUGGGACUCCUGGAGGUCCUCCGCUCCAAAGCCCCCCAAAGCAGUUCCCUGCAGCGGGAUUGCGUCCAGGCGGGGUUGGAUUUCUCCAGAGAUCUCUUCAAUUCCUCUGCGCCGUUCUCCUCACAGCACAAAAGUUUGCAUGUUCAGACGGAAUUCCCCGGGCUCCAGGCUGCACCCACCGCCCCUUACCCUGUGCUGAGCAGAGCCCAGCACUCCUCCUGAGCUCCGCCCUUCAGAUCAGCGCUGAUCAGACCCUUCUUAGCCAGCUCUUCCCCAGGUGAACCGUCCCGGGGCUCCCAUCAGGAGGUGCUGAGGCCCCACCGUCUCUGCAGGGCUCUCCCAGCACUUCGGGUUUGCGCUGAACUGGGGAGCCCCGUGCUGGGCUCAGCGCCGCAGCCGUUGCCUCCCCGUGGCAGAGCGGAGGGGAGCAGCGCCGCUCUGCCCUGCCGGCCCCAUUCUGAGCUGCAGCCCGGGGAACCAUGAUCCCUCUUGGCCAGCAGGGCCCGCUGCUGGUUCGUGGUCCGUCUGCUGGCCGCCAGCACCCACAGAGCUCCCUUCAGCAGCUCAGCCCCCAGCCUGCACUGAUGCAUUCGUGAUAGUGAGCCAAACAUCUCUUGGUUCCCAACCUCAAGCGUUGCAUGUUCCAGCUGAACACUUAAAUUCACAGCUCUUCCCAACGCAGACAUACAAGAUGUGAUUUUAGAGCUGCCAAAGGCUGCCCAGUGAGAGGUGGGGUUGAGGUUUGUGCUUGGCUUUGCUGCAGGGCCUCCUGGUGGCUCUGUGUGCAGUGUUGCAGUGCUUCACUUUUGAAUUCUUCAUUUAAAAGCAGGCCCUCUUAGAGCUUCCAGCAGUUUCAUAGAGAAGCAGUUGAAGGCAAUAAAAAGAUGUUGCAUUGUGGCCUCGGUGCAGUUGGAAUCGCUGUUGCCCUGCACGGCCCACGGCCUGCCUGCACAGCUGUGUGUUUGUAGACAAUUGGAGUGUUGUCAGAGUGAAUGGAUGGGCCUUAAAGCUGGGCUUUCACAGACCGGCAUGCCAGCGUAACCCUGAUGUGGGGGAAAAUGCAGUGGUUCUCUGUGCUGCCAUAAUGGUUGGGUGCUGGCGUGGUUUGGGAUCAGUAGAUACGCUGUUGUCUGCGGGGCUGCCUGCAGGACUGGUGGCAUUUGGGUUCUGCUUCUUUCCUGACCUUCGUGGGAGUUACGAGGUUUGCCUUCUCUCUGUGAGGGAUCAUUGCUGGGGUUGGGGGAGCCGCUCGGAGCUUAAAUGCUGUCCUGACUCCUUGUUUGCCAUUUAUUCUCUGUGAUGCUCAGCCUCUUUCAGAGCUGCUCUUUCAGUGUUACCUCUUUACCCACAGUGUCAGAGUUCUGUGUCUUUGGCACAACACCCGGCAAGGAACGGCCGAGGCUGAGGGCAUGGCUGAGCCCUGAGGGUUUCUUGCUGCUCCUCAGUGCUCUGUGCUGCGGGAAGCACCCUGAUGGGCCGUGUUCCUCUUUCAGAACGAUUUGUGGAUGCCAAGGACAUGCUGAAAAUGACUGCUCUACACUGGGCAGCAGAACACAACCACCGGGCCGUGGUGGAGCUGCUCGUCAGAUACAGAGCCCAUGUCCACGCCUUGGGCAGGUUUGAUAAAUCACCCCCUGACAUCGCUUUGGACAAGAACGAUCCGGAGACCCCGGUGACCCUGCAGCCUGUAGCUGCUGGUCGGGCUGCAGAGGAGACCACAGCUGGGGACGGGGGCGAUGCAGAAGGAGGAGAAAAGCCACCAGCCAAGAGGCUGAAAGCAGAGCAAAACAGGAACGACGUGGAGGAAAGUGAGGGCAGCACCGAAGGGGAAGCGGCCCAGCAGCGGCCCAGCACGGCACUGGGGGAGCAGAACAGCAUCAGCAAGCCGUGCGCAGGUGUGAGCUCAGAGGACGGCGAGGGAACCGCGCUGGGAACGGAGCAGGUGGCCGACAGCGCCGCGGGGUCCGACACCUCCUAACGGUGGCUGUGGGAGCGGGGCUGGAGCGGAAACACAGCGCUGCCGGGGCGGCUGCAGCCAGCGCGGGCUGAGGCAGCGAGGAGAGCUGGAGGUGGGGGCUGGGCGGGACCCCCUGUGUGCCGCAGCGCCGAGUACGAGCUGCGAGAGCCGGGCCGGCUCCGGACGCACCGGCCGCUUUUUCACUGAGCUCUUCUCUGAAGAUGCCAAAACCUUUUCUAACAACAGCUGUUUUCAUUGCCCGAA